AUGGCUGACGAUCAACAGCCAUCAACAUCAAAAGGAGAUACCAAUGAGCGUGAAGAAAUUGUACAGUUAUGGAAACAUUUGGAUGAAACACUUGAAAAUAAAGCGAAAUCAAUGAAUUUGUCAUCGCUGAAUGUGAAAUCUAUUCUUCACGUAAGUAUCAUUUUCAUAAAUAUCAAUUUUGUUCAAUCGAGACAAUUUCAGCAUCUUAUCAAAUACCCAAAUGCUGUUGAUAUUAUGAUGGGAAUUCGAGGAGAAAGUGAUGUUCCAAAUAUGCGAAUGACAAGAUCACAAAGAAAAGCAAAUGAUAAUGAAAAAAGUGAAGAUAAUAAUAUGUCACUUUUAUGCGCACCGAAAACUUUUCUCGACUUGAAUUUUGAUGAUAAUGAUGAGUUUGAUGAAGAUUAUGCGAUUGAAAAAGAAAGUGAAGAAGAAGAGGAAGAAUAUGAUGAAGAAGAAACAGAAGGAGAAGAUGAUAUUGAAGAAGGUGGAGAAACUGAAAAUGAAAAUGAAACCACGUUUCUAGAUCCUUAUGAUACAUUAGAUCUUGAAGAUGCGAGAAAUAAAAAACAUUCGCAUGAAAAUUUGAAUGAUUUAUUGAUUCGUGAUGAUUAUUAUAAUAUUCCAAUAAUGAAUACUAGCAAUCACGAUGAGAAAAUGCGAAAUCCAGAAUAUCGAGAUUUUUUGAAUGCUGUUAGAAAUGAAAGUCAAGAUGGAGUUACUGAAGACGACCCAGACGAUGAAGACUAUGAUGUUCAGAUUGAUGAUGCUGAUUUAGCAUUAGAUGUUGAUGAUUGGUAUGAAACAAGACAUGAUCGAGCUGCGCAAAUUCCAAGAUAUGAAGUUGAACGAUUGAUGAUGGAUACUAUAUUAGCUGAAAAAGAAAUUCCAUUACCAAAAGAAGUUGUGAUAUGUAAAGAAACAUAUGUUGAAGUCAAAAAGACGCAAAAACAAAAAGAUGCUGAAGUUGUGGAAAGAUUGAAACAAUUGCAACCAACAUCAAGUUGCACAUUAUUUGUAAAAAAUGUGACAUUUCAACAAUCUGAAAUUGAAAUGCUUAAACUUCAACUCGAACAACAUGUUCAACUUUUAACGCAAUCUGUGGUGACUUGUUAUCACGAUAAAUCAUUGUUUCAUUUGAAAAAUCAAGCACAAGUUAUGAUAGUAAGUUUUUUGUUAAUUAAGAUUAAAUAAAAAUAUAAUUAUUUUCAUUUCAGAACGAGUUAGAUCAACGGUAUUUUGAUUCGCCACGUGGUUCCGAUUCAAUUUAUAAUAUUCCAAAUCUCGCUGGAUCCAUCGAAACUUGUCAUGAUGUGAUAAAUAUCACAGAAGUUGAGCCAAAAUAUGUGAAAUGGGCACAUAAUAUUGAUGGUUGUAUGGGAUUUGCUCUUCGUCCAGAAAUCAUUGCUGUUCUUUCGAGAAGUAAUGCAAUUCGUUUUCCACAUCUUCUUCCGAAUGUUCAACCUUCUAUUCAAGAAAAUUAUAUUCCUUUUUUGAAAUCUGAAAAUAUUAUGCUCGCAAUGGCGCUUCUUCAAUUUGGCCAUCUUCCAAGAAAAUCGGAAAAUACAAUAAAUAUGGAUAGAUAUUCAGCGAUCAGUCAAAAUUGCCUACCUUCUCGAUCUGCGCUUAAAAUUCGAAAUCAUAUGAAAACUAUUCGAAGUGUUGGAGAAUCAUCAUCACCAAUUCAUCAAAUUAUUAUCGUAGGUUUUAUUGUUUAACAAAGUAAAAUUUCUAUUUUUGUAGCAAGCUGAGCAAGGAAUUUCAAAAAUGGAAUUCCCGCCACCAAAUGUUCUUAUAAUCGAAGGAACUCUUGAAAAUUGGCCACCAGAAUAUCAACCAAAUUGGUAUAAAACAUUCACACAAAUUUUCAAAAUUGUUGGAAAUCGUAUAAUGCAUAUAGUAGACAGUCAGCCGAAAAUUAUAACAACUCCCAUGAAAAUGGCGAUUGAUAAUGCGAACUCAAAAUUUAUUGAAGUUGGAACAUUGGGAGAGACACCAAUUAUUUUGGAAAAAUCUCAUAUUUAUAAUAUCGCAAAAUUGAUUAUGGAAGAAAAUCGAGAAGAAAGUCAAUUAUCCGCGCCGCCGACACCUGGAAAACAAAUAGAAAAUGGAACAGCAGAAUAUACAGAAUUUGGUAUGAGUUUAGAUGGAAUGUCGGAAGGAGGAAAAGGAAAUACCCAAUCUAGAAUGUCAAUUCGACCAAUGACACCAAGACCUGGAGAUGGGGAAGAUAGUCAGAUGACAACUGUUAGAGAUUUUCGAAUUGGUCAUGGACAAACUGAUUUUUCACAUGUUUUUAUGGAUGAAGAUGAUGAGAUGAAUUUGCCGAGUACGUCGAAGAAUUUAUCGAUUGAUAGACAUGCUCAAGUUAGUGUUUUUUUAAUUUUUGAUAUUCAAGAAUUGUUGACUCUAAAAAAAACUUUUUCUUUUUUGGGCACAAUUUUAGAAAUCCUUGAAAUUCAACGAAAUUUUUUUUCUACCAAAAACAAUUUCGAAGUUUGCGGUUUAGCGAUUCCGGUUAAUAAUUUAUACACUGUGAUAAUAUAUAAAUGUUUUUCAUUUUAAAUUCGUAGCCAAAUCUUCAAUGUUUCAAAUUAAUCAGAAAAAAACAAUACCUUCACAAAAUCAAAAUCCAGUUCGUAUUUUUCAGAAACGAAAACAUGCCGAUAUGCAAUCAGCAAUUCACUUUGAAUCCGACGAUGAAACGAACAAAAAAUGGCGAAAAAGAUCGAGAGUUGAAAAAGAGAUGAUGGGAAAAUUGGGAAUGGACGAUGAAAAAUUACGAAUGACAAGCAAAAUUUUGAUUGCCAGAAAAAUUAUGGAAGAUGCCAAAAAACGAAUGUUUAUGCAUCAGGAAAAAUAUUCCAAGUAUCAAAAAAUAAUGAUGGAUAAGACUUUGAGCGAGGCACAGGUUCAGCAUUUUUUUCUAUUUGAAUUUUUAACAACAAAAAAAUUUUUUUUUUCAGAAAGUCAAAAAUAUUGUGGAAAUUUUCCGAAAAAUGCCCGAUUUAAUGCAUCUUAUUCUAAUUUUCACACCAAUUGAGAAUCUUCCCGAAGAGAUUUUGAAAAGUCAACUUCGGCAAACUUAUCUGAAUGCGAUUGAAAUGAUGAUUGAUAUCAAUUGUUAUAUUUUGGGAGCUAGAAUAAAAUCACCAACAGUUCGACAGAUUUUCAAAUUGAUCACGAAAAUUGGAGAGGUUCGAAAUACGAGUUUGGAGGCGGCUGAAAAAAUGAAACAAUUAUUGGGACAUGAAAGACCGCUUUGGGAUCGUAUUGAGAAAUAUUUCUAUUCGCUGGUUUAUAGGGAUAGGUGAGUUGUAUUCAAAAUUUGAAUUUGAAAAAGUACAACCAAAAAAUUUCUUUAAAAUUUGUUGUUCAUUAUUUUUCUUGAGAAAUGUGCUUGGAGACUUCUCUAAAGCUAAAUUUAAAGAAAAAUUAAACAUUUUCAGAUGUUUUUUUUGAACAAUUUAGCCUAUAUUCUUGGAAAUAUCCGCUCUAUAAACGUUUCAAAAAAUAUACGUUUCAAAUGUUGUUUAUUCUGAAUCGAUUGGAAUCUUCAACAAUCGGACCGUUUUGAAAUUUUUAAAAAUAAAUUUUCUUGAAACCUUCAGAACCUUCAAAUUAUAUUUUUCAACAGGUUUUCCCAAAUACUAAAUUAUCCUCUUCAGAUCGAAACCUGAAGAUUUCGAAUUCAUCGAUCUAACAGAUGAUAAAUUUUUGGAUCAAUUUGACUAUGAAAUGAUUGAUGAUAUUGACUCGGUUCUAAAAUCCUCUUCGAAAGACAAUACAACAUCAACAAUACCAGCUAAUUUAUUCGUCAAAUCUGGACAACUUAUGGCAAACGGAAAAAAUGGAAUUGUUCCGGUUGAAGUCCGAGAAUUUGUGAGUAUCUGUCUAACAAAUUGUUAUAUCUAAUUUUGUUUUUUUUCAGAAGUGGUCAAAAGAUGAUGACAUGAAAAUCCUAUCAGCCUACAAUCAAUCUGUAAUAAGCAAUUCGAAACAUCCAAUUGAAAAUGCCGCCAAAAAAGUUUCAUUAACAAAUGUCGACGCAAAAAGUAUUGAAAACAGAUUGAAAUAUUUAUUGAGUAUUAUAAAUGUGUAA